AUGUUUAUCAAAGACUUCACUGUGUCAGGCUUUGAAGCAGGCCCCGAGCCAGGAUCGCGAUGGACGCUCGUGUUCGACGGUUCUUCCAAUGCUCGAGGCCAUGGCAUAGGUGUUGUUAUCACUUCUCCAACUGGUUUCCACCUUCCAUUUACCGCUAGAUUGUGUUUUGACUGCACCAAUAAUAUGGAAGAAUAUAAAGCAUGUAUCUACGGUUUAGAGGCGGCGAUUGACUUAAGGAUCAAUAUUCGUGAAGUAUACAAUGAUUCAACUCUGGUAAUCAGUCAGGUAAAAGGUGAUUGGGAGACUCGGGAUAGCAAGUUGAUACCUUACAAAGAGCAUAUCAGAAAACGGGUAACCUACUUUGAUGAAAUCUCUUUUCACCAUAUUUCUAGGGAAGAAAAACAGUUAGCAGAUGCUCUAGCCACGUUGGCAUCUAUGUUCGAAGUCAAAUGGAAGAACGAAGCACCAUCCAUUCAUAUUGACCACUUAGAUGAACCAGCACAUUGUCUAGCAAUUGAGGUUGAUCUUGAUGAUAAGCCCUUGUUCUACGACAUAAAGACAUUUCUAGAAAAACGGCAAUAUCCCGAGGGUAUAUCUGUUACCGACAAGAAGGCUAUGAGAAGACUCUCUUCCAAGUUCUUCCUAAACGGUGAUGUGUUGUACAAGCGAAAUUAUGACUUUGUACUGCUCAGAUGCAUAGAUAGACACGAAGCUAGUACGAUCAUAAAAUCCAUACAUGAAGGUUGCAAGGGUGUACAUGCAGAGGGUCCUGCUAUGGCCAAGAAGAUCAUUCGGGCUGGAUAUUAUUUGACGACAAUGGAGGUUGACUGUUACAACUUUAUUAAAAGAUGUCACAAAUUCCAGAUAUACGGUGACAAGAUCUUUGUGCCACCGACUCCAUUGAACGUUUUGACUUCUACGUGGCCUUUUUCUAUGUAG